UCAGCAAGAAUGCUCAGCGCAGCGGAUAACGCGGCUCAGUGCAUCCCCCGCGCCGGACCAGAACCCACAAAUGAUAGACUUAAGGAGCAAAAGGGGAGUGAAAAACAGCAGCAGAAUGUAUGUGAGAAAAGGAGCAGACACCUGUCCCCGGCAGACCAUGCGCAGGUAUCUGCUGUUCAUGACGUUGCUCCUGCCUUUUACGAAAGCGGAUUUUACACUUCAAGAAGUCAAACCGUUCACGUGGAAAUCAGGAACAUGGGGUCAGUGCAUAGGUGAAUGUGGACCUGGUGGACUACAAAGCCGCUCAGUUUGGUGUGAGCAUGGAGAAGGUUGGGUGGCUCACAUCAAAAACUGUGAUCCACAGGAUGAGCCUGCAAGCCAAAGGAAUUGCUUUAAAAUCUGUGACUGGCACAGGGACCUCUUUCUUUGGGAGCCCUCAGAAUGGGACACUUGUGUUCUUGUGCCCUUUGCCCACAACGAUGGUAAAAUCAGAACCUUAGAGUGUGUCACGGCUCAACGAGGUUUACAGCAUAGAGAAGUCACCUGUAUCCACAAGAUCCAAAAGUCUAUUGUAAAUUCCAUUAUCUGUGAACAUUUUUCACCACGGCCACCAACAGAACAAACUUGUCUGGUACCCUGCCCCCAGGAUUGUAUUGUUUCCGAAUUCUCACCAUGGUCUACCUGUAGUAAAAGUUGUGGAACCCAUCUCCAGCACAGAACUCGUUCCGUCAUCUCUCCACCUUCAUAUGGUGGGGCAGAUUGUCCAAACCUCACGGAAUGGAGGACUUGUCCAUUUCUAAACUACUGCUCUUUCGGAGAAGAGGAACAUACGUACAGUCUUAAGGUCGGACCAUGGAGUGAAUGCAGGCUGCCUCAUUUGAAAGAAAUGAAUCUGAGUGGAAGAACCAUGUUGGAUUUUGGGUCCGAUUCUGGGGAAAGAAGCACAUUCAGACAAGAGGGCUCCAGGUCUUAUGAGCGUUCAGAAACAUUGGAUUUGGAGAUCGGUUAUCAGACAAGACAGGUGCAGUGUGCACGGAGCGAUGGAAAGAAUGCUUUACUAAGCAUCUGCACCCAGGACGACAUGCCUCUGCAUUACCAGUCAUGUAUGUUGCCAAAAGACUGCGAAGUAUCAGAGUGGUCUGAAUGGAAUGUCUGUUCUAAGAGCUGUCAGCCCGAAGGGACUGUCCUUGGACUGCGAAUCAGGAGAAGACAUGUCAAGCACAUGGCCAUUGGAGGAGGGAAACCUUGUCCGGCCCUGGAAGAAGAAGAGGCAUGUGAAACAGGAGGACAUCAGCUGCCCUGUCUUGGAUUUGUUUGGAAAACAUCUGAAUGGACAGACUGUAAGAUAUCAUUGCUCACAGACCAGGACACUGCUUCACGGGUGGAAGACGCAGCACAAUGUGGGGGUGGCGUUCAGACUCGUCAGGUGUUUUGUGCCCAGCGUAUCAAUGAGUCAGGAACAAAUAAAGAAGUCUUCAGACCUGUAGAACUGGGGUUCUGUGUGGAACCGGCACCAUCAGCAGUUCAGCUCUGCAACAUCCCCUGCCCAUCAGGUUACCUGUUGUCUCCAUGGACUGACUGGGGACCGUGUAUACAUGAGAAUUGUCUGGCCCCUCAUGGGAGAAAAGGCUUUAAAUUCAGAAGAAGACAAGUUGUCGUGAAGCCCACAAGAAUGGCUGGGACUUGCCCCCAUUUAGUAGAAUCGGUCCCGUGUGAAGAUCCUGUGUGCUAUAGGAGGGCGGUAUCUGGACAGUUACACUGUGUACCUGAAAACGGAGAAUGUGGACACGGAAAAUACAACGUAAACACGACCUGCCUGGGGGAGAACGGUCUUCCGGUCUCUGCGGACCUGUGCGUGGAUGAGCCCCCUGUGCAGCUGGUAUGUAAGGUGCCCUGCAGCCUGGACUGUGUCAUCAGUGAAUGGUCAGACUGGUCGCAGUGCUCCAGGUCCUGUUCCACUAAAAAUGCAGAAGGGAAGCAGAGCAGAAGCAGGUCAAUCCUUGCCUACCCUGGAGAAGGUGGAAAGCUCUGUCCUUCAAACCAAGCCUUGUACGAGUAUCGACUGUGUAACAACCACCCCUGCUCGACGUUUUACUGGGAGUCAUCACCAUGGGAACCGUGCACAAAGAUAACACCACUAAAUGCCACCGGCAGCUGGAACAAUGAGGUGGCGUGUGGUCUGGGGGUGCAAACCCGAAGAGUCUCAUGCAUCAAGAGCCAUGGAGGCCAAGUCACCAGCAAAAGAUGCCCAGAAUCUACAAAACCUGAAACAGUUCGGACCUGUAAUUUGCCUUGUGUUAAGGACUGUAUUGUAACUCUCUUUAGUGAGUGGAUUCCAUGUCCCAAAACAUGUCGGCCUGGGAACCACUCUGUGAUCAAGCAGUCGCGAUACAGGAUAAUAUUACAAGAUGCAAUGAAUGGCGGUCAGGAGUGCCCGGAUACUCUGUAUGAGGAGAGGGAGUGUGAGGAUGUCCCUAUCUGUCUAAUGUACAGGUGGAGGCCCCAGGAGUGGAGUCAGUGCAUCCUUGUGCCGGAUUAUGUGAGACAGGGCAUUGGAGGGGCCACAGAAUCAUGUGGCCCCGGGAUACAAUCUAGAGGGGUCAGCUGUGUCACUGCUGAUGACCGUCCUGCAGAUGUCACUGAAUGUCUUCGAUGGGCAGGUCCUGCUCCACCCUCAGCUCAGGAGUGUAAGGUCCCCUGCAAAGAAGAGUGUGCAUUUACUCCAUGGACUAAAUAUACCUCUUGUACCCCAGACUGCAGUUCAACUAGAGUGAGGAGAAGAUCCCUCGCUGGGAGAAGCAAGAAGCGGGACAGAUGUCAGAACGCAGAGGCUUAUCCGUUAGUGGAGACAGAGCUGUGCGCCUGUGAAGUAUAUAAAUCUCAGCCGUGUGGAAAUUGGUCGGACUGCAUAAUACAAGAUGCAAGAAAUGAGAUGCAGCUGGGAGCGAGAACUCGGGGAAUCAUGAAAGGCUGCGGUGGAGGCAUCCGACUCCGAGCCAUCGCUUGUUAUGAUUUAACUGGCAGAAUAGUUGAGCCCACUCUCUGUAGUCAUACUGGGUACAUUGAGGAACGCUGUGAAAGUCCUUGUCCGUUUGACUGUAAGCUGAGCGACUGGUCCUCCUGGUCCUCGUGCAGCGCCUCGUGUGGAACCGGAGUGAAAUUUCGAUCUAAGUUUUUAAAAGAAAAACCUUAUAAUGGGGGGCGGCCCUGUCCAAAACUGAACCUUAAAAAUCAGGUCUAUGAGACGGUCCAAUGCUACAAUGAAUGUAAUCAGUACUUGUGGGUGACUGAGCCGUGGUCUGCCUGCAAACUGCACAGCGAGGAGAAGACGGCUAACUGCGGGGCGGGAAUACAGAUCAGGAGAGUGCGAUGUGUGAAUAUUUCUGAAAAUGCAGAAGAUGCUUUUGUAAAUGAAACCUAUUGCAACCACCUGGAAACUCCUACGGUCAGGCAGCAGUGUAGCAUUUCUUGCCCUGGGGAAUGUGUGAUGUCUAACUGGGGUCAGUGGAGCCAAUGUGCAAAGUCAUGCGACAUCAACUCUACGAGGUCAAGGACGAGAUUUCCACUGAGAAUUCCGACUGACGGGAAGACUUGUCCUGAGGAUGUGGAGACUGAGCUCUGUGUCCUGAACAGUAAUUGUUUCCACUACCAGUAUAAUGUCACAGAGUGGAGCGCCUGUCAGCUGAGUGAAAAGGCCGUCUGCGGAGAGGGAAUAAAGACUCGCCUUUCAGACUGCACCCGCAGCGAUGGAAAAUCUGUAAAAAUGUCCUUUUGUGAGCAGCUUGGAUUGAGGAAACCUGAAAAGCAGAGUCUUCGCUGUCUAAUAGAAUGUUCCAUUGACUGUCAGGUCUCUGACUGGUCAGCCUGGUCAUCCUGCUCACAAACGUGUGGAGUCGGAGGUCAGCAGAUGCGAUCCCGCCACAUCAAGAUGCAAGCUGAAGCAGAUGGGAGACCUUGUCCAGUGCAACUCCACCAGUACAGAAGUUGUACAGUUUACCCCUGCCAUUCCUGGAAAUUUGGGGAAUGGUCAGUGUGUAAAGUGGAGAACGGUCAGUGUGGAGAAGGACUGAAGUCCCGGAACCUGACGUGUUUGGCGCACAACGCCUCCUCCUCCGCUGUGAAGCUACAAGUAGACCCCAAAUUCUGCGGUCAACUGCCAAGAGAGGAAAGUGCACUGAGUCUGCCCUGCCACGUGCCCUGCCCAGGUGACUGUCAUCGCACAGACUGGUCAGGCUGGAGCGCCUGCCAGGUCGCCUGCAUCGAUGGACGCAGCUUCGAAACCAGCGGUCGCCAAUCCCGAUCUAGAACCUUCAUUGUCCAGUCCUCCGAGAACCAGGAAAACUGCCCAAAGCCCGUCAUCGAGACUCGGCCAUGCACAGGGGGAAAGUGUUUCCGAUACUCGUGGAAGAUGAGCCCCUGGGUAGAUAAUAAGAGGACGGUGUGGUGCCAGCGCUCGGACGGAAUAAACGUCACAGGAGGCUGCUCCUCCAAUUUCCGGCCGGCAGCUGUUCGACACUGCGAUCCACCCUGCAAAAAACCAUUUUCUUAUUGCAUGCAGAGUGGAGUCUGUGGCUGCGAGAGCGGGUACACACAGAUCAUGAGAUCUAGCGGGGUUCUCGACUACUGCUUGAAGGUCCCGGGCAUCGAGUCCAAGAAGGCCGAUGUGAAAACAUUCAUUCCAAAGAGCAAACCCAUCAACUCCAAACUCCCGGAGAUAUUCAACUGGUCCAUUCAGCUAUUUGACCAAGAUGGAAGGGUGAGUCUCUGGGUCUACGUUGUAUGUGUCGGGAGCUUCCUCAUCUUGGUUUUCCUCAUCAUUAUUUCUUAUCUAGUCUGCAAAAAGCCACCAGAACCAAAAACUGUAUUUCCUCAGCAAAAGCCCCUCACCUUGGCCUAUGACGGAGAUUUUGACAUGUGACUUACAUCUACAUGAUGGAGCCUUGAUAUUCAGCUGCCUUAACUGCUCCUCUGUAUGAGAAGAUGGCAUCCUCCCAAGGUUUAAAAAAAAUAAUAAAAAUUAAAGCAGUUGAAAUCUAAAUUUGUCCUGUAGGAAUCGGCAUUGAAACGAAGUAUGAGACAAUAUGGAAGAUGUGGAAUGGAGUACCGGUGGCUCGUACCCUAUUUGGCUCUGUGGACUCUGGCUCACUUUGGACUCUUGUGAACCAAGAGGAAAAAUUGCAAGAUCGGUUUCAAUGCAUCUUGAUCCACAGGAUGAGGUUUUGAUGCCCAGUUAAACCAUUUUAGGCACAAAAUGUCACUUGACCUUUGUGGCCAGGUGAUGAGUGAAUCUG